AUGGUUUCCGGCGAAUUUAUCGUCAAGACGAUUGCUGAUCCCCCACCUCUGGGAAAAUCGAAAAGGAGAAACCCAAAGUACAAGCAGUCUAACGUGCUGUUUGUGGGGCCUCAGAAGGCUGGCAAGACCACGUUGUUGUCCGUGAUACUACAUAAAGAAGUGCGACAUGUGAUCCCCACCAUAGGAUUCAACACUGAGGCCUUGUGCUAUGAUAAAUAUAAUUACAUCACCGUCUACGACGUCCAGGGAACAACGCCAUCGAUCCGGAACUGCGGCUCCUUGCAUGACACGGUGGAUUUGCGGUGUGUGGUUUUUUUCGUGGAUGCAAUGUCAAAAAAGGAGCUUUAUGAUGUUAAUCCACAGAGUGCUUACUACUGCUCGGAGAAAAUCGUAUGGGGAUUCCAAUUGAGUAACGUGGAUCCUGCUGAAGGUGCUGCGGAUGACGCGUUCGUGAGCCUUCCGAUACUGUUCGUGUUGACGAAAUGCGAUUUAAAGGCAAAACUGGUGUCAGAUAUAGCGGUGAAUGAGGAUGUGGACUCCGAGAGGACUUUGGUGUCCGAGGCACCAGAAAUCAGCCUCGAAGGCUCAAUGGAUGAAGACGUCAUUAGAAAGCUCCAGGAUCACGAGAUCUCGAGCAGACUGGCUGAUGGGAGUCUGAGCGGUGUGAAGGACUUGGUGACGAUGGCUGACAUUAUUGAUAGAUACAAGUUGCUAGAAUUGGGAAUACGAAGGAAGUGGGCGAUCGUGGAAAGCAGUGCGUUUACUGGACAAGGCAUAGAUAACAUUCUCAAGUGGAUAGCUGAUGUGUGUUGA